AAGCAUUUAGCUCCAUCAGCGACCCGCAACAUGUUCGCGAGCGGGCCCUGGAAGACGACUGGUCGUCUCCCGCCCCUGGCCCCGGUCACCCCGGAGUACGAGUUCGUGAAGGCGGCUUCAUCGGCCCCGGUGGUGCACACUGACGGUGGUACAGGUGCGAUUCACACCAUACCAGCACCCAACCUCAGCCUGUCAGAGAAGCCGAUUGUGGUCAUCGAGACUUCAGACAACCCAGUCUCCGAACAGCCUAGACCAACAUACGAAGUAACAGAAAAAUAUCCGGAGCCCGAAUACAGCGUGGCCAAAAUCGAAUCGCCCAUAGGAUUCUCAAAAACACAAUCCUUCACAACCCCGGAGCUGCAGACGCUGAUACGGAAUGGCGCGGCCCUGCAACUAGCAGCAGAAUACUCCCUGCCUGCCAUCAGCAUCAAUCAGCACCAGGCCUUACAGCACAAAGCCGUGCAGCACCAGUAUCCGCUGCAGAGCGCAUUACCAACACAGCAAGACUUGAUAAACACAGGAGCUGAUGGCUUAUUCAUACCACCAAACGCUUUAUACCAACAAGAUCCGAUGUUCCUGCAGAAACUUCAAACCCAACUGCUUCAGCGUUUCCCUUCAGUGGAAUUCAUUCCUUAUGCAGCCGAAACGCCAAGUCAAACGCACAUACAACCCGAGGCUUCACAGAUCCACGCACAAGUUGUACAUCCGCAAAUGUUUCAUCCUCAAGUAGUGCACACUCAAGUUAUUCACCAACAAGAACUACAACCACAAAUGAUACUCCUUGAAAACGAGCAAUUAGACGCACCAUCAGUGCCGCAACGUAAUGAGCCGAAGACGGUAGUGCAGAGAGAGGUACAAGAAAGUUCUGUGGUUACACUUGUUCCUCAAGCGUUUGUGGCACCCAAUACAACGGUAAAACAAGUGGCAGAAACACCACCAUCAGUGCCAGAAAAUAUUACAGUAGAACUAGUAGCCACUGAAACACAACCACCCACAACGACUGUGAAAUACAUAAUCGAGAGCAAUUCGGAACAGAAUACAACUCCAAUUUAUUACGCACAGAUCGGUCAGAGUGUAGGCAGUGUUAUAGCGAACGGAUUCUACUCCGCUUUGAAUGAAGUAAGAGCGGCUGCAGCACUAGCUCAAGAAGAACAGUCCCCAGUCUACAAAGCUCCCGAAAAUGUUACCAGUACGACCAACAGCCCGGAUUUGCAACAAUACUUUGUGCAAAACGAUGAAAAAACUGAGAACAAAACUGAAUUAAAACCAUUACUAGGAGUUCCAUUCUCAAAAUCAACAGAUUCAGUGAACGUAGCUUAUACUUUAGUGAGGGCAGAUGAUAAUCCAACGAAAGUGAAUAAAGAAGGAGCCGUGUAUGCAGGACAAAUUGUAGAAGCUACUAUUACAGAGGAUCAUGAUUUCAAUAAAGAGAAAGCAAGUAUGAUUUCUCGAAGGGCACCUAUCAGACUGUUUGCAGUUAAUGCAGAUGCUAAAAACAUUGCCAGUUCAGCGAAUAUGCUGCCAAAAGUAACUGUGGUCAAAGCAAAAAUUCCCCCAAAGAGCAAAUUAACAUUCGACGACAAGACGGGAGAGCCAAUUUUGAGGAUAUACGCCAGCUAUGUUGACAAUCCAAAUCUGAAAGACGCAGUGGUAUCAAAACUUUCCAGCCUCAAACAAGUAAAAGACGCAGUAACCAGAAAAGAGACCGUUGACAACUGGAAGUCGUCAACUGUGAAGUCGGUUGACAAAACCCAAGGCUUCGACACCAACCAGGUGACGCAAUUCGGACUCAAGCUCAGGGAACGAAAUGAUUAUUAUGAACCAUUCUUUGAAGAUUAUGAAGACUUGUAGUUUAUGCUUUCUUAU